AACCUCGUUCUGGUGCAGCGCCCUCGAUCAGGCGAACAUCCCAGCGUACUUGCCUCUGAUACUCAUUCAGAAUCAGGGGGUCCAUUGAGAAGGGGUCGAGGGGAGAGGGCUCCUCGUCCCUCUCGUUCGGCAUAAAAAUCGUUCGUCAAGCUCAUGAGCUAUCAUAUUCGGUGUUCGAGUUCUCACGAGUUUCUCACGAGCGCUCAUCUUCUCCUCUACCUGAAAUCAUCUAAUCCCUUCUCCUCAUCAUGGAUAGCGGAAGUUUGGCCGGAAGAGCCGCACUGUGUGGUAUCAAGACCCGAAGUUCAAAGAUGUCCUUCGACAAUACUUCAAACAUGGAUGGUCAAAAAAUGAAACGGCGAAACCAAUUGCGACUCUCUUUCGGCAGCGGACACCCACGCCGAAAUCCCCCAGAGCCAAACACGUUUCCAGCUAGCACCACAAUCGUUACUCAAGACGUCAUGGCUCAUCAAUGGCUUCCGCCUCGCACCGCGGGUUCCGGCACGCUCCGACUCUCCCCACAAGUGGAGUUUACUACGACAGCGGAAGACCUGAAGGAUCUCGGGGAGAUCGGAGCGGGGAGCUUCGGCUGCGUGAAUCGCAUGAAACAUGUCAGCACGGGGCACGAAAUGGCGGUCAAACGAAUUCGUUCGACCAUGGACGAGCACGAUCAGCAGAAACUGAAGAUCGAACUGAGCAUCGUUAUGAAAAAUGACAACGACUUCUCGUACAUCGUACAGUUCUACGGGACCCUCUUCCGAGAGGGCGACUGUUGGAUAUGCAUGGAGCUUAUGGAUACUUCAUUACACGAGCUCUACAAGCGGGUUUUCGGUCGAGGCAGACGCAUUCCAGAGAACGUCCUAACUCAAGUCGCCUUCAGCACGGUGAAGGCUCUUUAUUACCUAAAAGAGACUCUUCAGAUGAUUCACCGAGAUAUCAAGCCCAGCAAUAUCUUGCUCAACAGAAAGGGCGAAAUCAAAAUGUGCGAUUUCGGUAUAUCCGGUCGACUCAUCGAUUCUAUAGCCAAAACUCGGGACGCAGGCUGUCAAGCCUACAUGGCACCGGAAAGAAUCGAUCCUUCUAAAGCCAUAAAUGGAUACGACGUACGAUCAGAUGUUUGGAGUCUGGGCAUUACAUUGGUGGAAGUGUCCUUGGGUCAGUUUCCCUAUCCUGACUUCUCGACAAUUUUCGAGCAACUUAACCGUGUUGUUUCGGGCGAACCUCCCCUGCUGAAAGAAUCUGAUUGCUUCAGCAAGAACUAUACUACCUUCGUGAAUCAGUGUCUCAUCAAAGAAUUCGAGCAUCGGCCCAAGUACGACGCAUUACUUAAAACACCUUUGUUAGCGAACCUCCAAAGGAACACGAUGGUCGUCGCGGAGUUUCUUUCAACGGUACUCCCUCCCCCCGCGAUAACUCCGCGGCCUAGCUAGAUUCGACGAUUUGAGCCAUCCACGUUGAAAUGUCAAUAAUGUAAGAAAAUCUGAAUAAAUGACAAGUCA